AAAGUUUCGGGGGCCCUCUCGAACACAUACAUACAUACUUAAUCACUCAUCUUAUCCUCGCUGAUUGGAGUCCAAUCAGCCGCCAAACAAAUGGCUGGCGUCUCCGAUAAAGCACGUUUCUACCUGGAGCGUGCUGCUCCCGAACUGCGCGAGUUUGAAGAGAAAGGAAUAUUCACCAAAGACGAGAUCCGCGCCCUCGUAAGCAAACGGUCCGACUAUGAACACCUUAUCCUCUCGCCGGGGACCAAGCCGUCCGACUUCCUGUCCUACGUCGCCUGGGAGCGGUCGCUCGACCGGCUGCGGGCGAAGCGGUGUCGGCGGCUCAACAUCCGGGCGACGUCCGGGGUGGGGUCGUCGCACGCGAGCCACGCGCGCACGUUUGGCAUCUUCGAGCGGGCCGUGCUCAAGCACCCGGGCAGCGUGCCGCUGUGGCGGGCCUACCUCGACUUUGCCGGCGGCGAGGCCCGGGCGAGCAAGCGGUGGCGGCGCAUCUGCACGCGCGCGCUGCGCCUGCACCCGACCGACGCGGGCCUGUGGGCGCUCGCGGGCCGCCGCGCCGCCCAGGCCGGCGACAUGGAGCGCGCCCGCGCCCACUUCCUGCGCGGCUGCCGCUUCUGCACCGGCGAGGCCACUCUGUGGGUCGAGUACGCCCGGUGCGAGAUGGAGUGGCUCGCGCGCAUCGAGGCUAAGAAGGCGGGCAAGGGCGUCCGCAAGGGCGUCAACGCGAUGGAGGCCGUCAAGGCGACCGAGGCGGUCCAGGAGGGCGACGUGAUGAUGUUGGAGGACGACGACGACGACGACGAUAGCGGGGAUGAGGACGGGCUCAUGCUGCCCGACCCGGACGCGCAGGGGCAAGGGAAGAUGGCGAAGCCGCAGGUUUUCGACGAGGAGACGACCAAGAAGAUGGAGCAGAGCCCGGCGCUGAGCGGCGCGAUACCCAUGGCGAUCUUCGACAUUGCCAAGAAGCAGCCCUUCUACGGGCCGGCCGCGGCUGAGACCUUCUUCGACGCGUUUGCCGUCUUCACCGCCGUCUCGUCGCAGCCCAAGAUUGUGCAGCACGUUCUCAGCGCCAUGGAGGAGUCGUUCCCCAACCACCCGUGCACCUGCAGCUGCCAGGUCCGCCAGCCGCUGAUCGGGGUGGACGUCCAGACCGCCGCGUUCCCGAAGGCGCUGCGCGAGUCGCUGGCUCGGUUGAAGAGCGGUAUGGAGAGGACGGAGGACAAAAAGACGCUCGCGGACAAGAUGGUUGUCUGGAUCGACGGCAUCUUGGAGACCGAGGGCCUCGAUGCCGCCAUCAAGACGGUGCUGGAACACACGAAGCGGUCGUUGCAGUCAUCCACAUGUUGAUACCCGGGGGAACAGGCAAGGGAGCAUGUGACAAUUGAUAGAUUACGCUGUUUUUUAUCAUCCCGAGACCUCACGUGUCCCUGUCCCCCUUCAUUGGUCUGGUGCGGUCCUCUUCGACGCCUUCUGCUCCGCCACCUCCAUCAGGUACUUCCACUCGGC